AUGUCGGCUGUUAGACAAAAGGAAUAUGAUUAUUUAUUCAAAUUAGUUUUAAUUGGAGAUAGCGGAGUUGGAAAAUCCUGCCUAUUAUUGAGAUUUGCAGAUGAUUCUUUCACAGACAGCUACAUCACUACUAUUGGAGUGGAUUUUCGAUUUAGAACUGUUAAAAUUGAUGAUAAAAUCAUCAAGUUGCAGAUUUGGGAUACUGCAGGACAGGAAAGGUUCAGAACCAUUACCUCAGCAUAUUACAGAGGUGCUGACGGAGUAGUACUUGUGUACGAUACUACUUCAACUUCAUCUUUUGACCAUAUUGAUGAGUGGGUAACCGAAGUUAACCGUUACACAACUGACUCCACCAAAAUUCUUAUUGGAAAUAAGUGUGAUUUAGCCUCACAGAAGAUGGUUGAUUUUUCUACUGGGCAAAAAAAGGCUAAAGAGCUUCAAGUUGAUUUUAUGGAAUCGAGCGCCAAAAACUCCACUAAUGUUGAAGAAUGUUUCAUAAGCAUUGCAAGAAAACUUCUGGAGAAAAAGCUAAAGAGCGGAGAAACUUUAUCUAAACCCAUUCACUCUCAAAACAUCUACCUAAACCAACAUGGUGAUGGUAGCUUAAUUUCGGGAAUGCUUUCUUCGUGUUGUAAAUAA